GGAAAAAAUAACAACAAACAAACAAAACCACUUCUAAGCCAACCAGCUCCUCAAGGGUUGAUGUGAUAUACGAACCAGAAAGCCCUCGAGGCACAGACUGCAGGAGAAGUCAGCACGGGACCAAGAGAUUUGGAAGUCAGACAAGGACCAUGAAUACUUCCAACGAAAUCCAGAAUGCCACGUCUCCUCCAAUGGGGUUGUCGCCAUUGCCUGGAGCAUCAAUAGGCAUAUCUGUCCUCGUGCUUGCCUUUCUUCUAGGUUUCCCUGGCAACGCCUUUGUUGUGUGGAGCGCGGGAUGCCGCGUCCGCAAGCGUACGGUCACCUGCCUCCUCAUCCUUCACUUGGCCAUAGCCGACCUGGCCGUGCUGCUCACAGCGCCCAUAUACCUGCGGUUCCUAAGUGCUGGGAAAUGGGAAACUGGAGAUGGCAUCUGCCGAGCUUGCAACUACAUCUGUGGGGUGAGCAUGUACGCCAGUGUCUUCCUCAUUACCCUGAUGAGUUUGGACCGCUGCUUGGCAGUCUCCAGGCCCUUCAUCUCGCAGAAGAUCCGCACCAGAAGUACCAUCCGGCUGUUGGUUUUGGCCAUUUGGGUGAUUGGUGUCCUCUUAGCCAUUCCUGUACUCGUCUACCGAAAAGUGAUAGAUAUGAAGGGGAGGUCCAUUUGUAAGCGUGAGCACCCCACGCCCAAAGACAUCAUCUUCCACAAUCUCUUUGAAACCAUCACUGGAUUUGUGCUGCCUUUUAUCGCCAUACUCUUCAGCUACGCGACCAUCAGCCAACGGCUUAAGGAGACGCGUUUCCGCCGGAAGCGCCGGACCAGCCGUCUCAUCAGUUUCAUUGUGGCAGCCUUCGCUCUUUUUUGGCUUCCUUACCAUGUGGUCAACAUUUUGGAAGUGGCUGGCGAGUGGAACCACUCCCUGAAAAGAGCUGCAGCUAUGGCUAGGCCAACUUUGGUUGCCCUUGCCUUCUUCAGCAGUAGCGUCAACCCCAUCCUUUAUACCUUCAGUGGUAGCUCCUUUAUCCGGUCAUCUGGCUUUGGCUUUAUGGCCAAACUAUUUGAAGGAACAGCCUCAGAAGUGUCCAGCAGCAAGUUUGGUACCAUCCGGGACCUUCAACGCCACGGAGAAAUCAAAGCCUCAUCCUUAAACAAUGGGAGUCCGGAGUGCUUGACCACAUCUACUAACCCAACAGAUGGUGCAUCAAGUCAAGAAAAAGGAGAAGCUUCUAAACCUCUCCAGUCACCUUGAAAGACUGCUGCAGAGUGAUGUGGAUUCUGUACACUCAUGAUUUCAUUGUGGUUUCAUACCGUAUGGUAAAAAUGGGUCUGCCAUUACAUAUCCUCUUCACUUACCAGUUGUCUGAGACAGGCAACUUCCAUUUCUCUGUAUUCUCCAACACAGCCAGAACAUUUGGUUUGGAAUGUGGGAGGCUAUGGUGUCAAGUCCUUAGGUCAGCCUUGUACAAACCAUUUAUCUUCAGGUCUAGAAGGUAGUUCCUGAGAACUGUUGCAAAACCCUGCCAAUGAGAACCGAAAUGGGUGAUGAUUCAUUACCAACAUUUAGGCCCCAUAACUGAUUCAUGUCAGCUGCUGGGCACUGUUUGGUUGAUAGACAAGGUCUACAUGUUACAGGUGUACAGAGUUUUAUUCCCUCACUGUCCCCAACCAUAUGUCAAAGAUUAGAACAGGGGUUACCAUACAUAUCUUCUAGACACAGAGCCCUGGCCUCUCCAUUCCUUAACCACAAGCCCUGACUUAGUGAAGGUUUGGCUGUGUCUUUUGAGUUUCUGGUUGUUGUUUUAAAUCCUAGUUCUGCAAAAAGAAAAUGCUUGAAUAGCCCGAAUGGUUUUCAGCUGGGACACAGCGGGCAAUUCGCAUCAGAGAAGGAAUGGGAGGAAAAGGGGUGCUUAAUGCUUCACAACCAUUUACUUUUCCUCUUAAACUCCCCUCUGAAAUAUCGUUUCACUUUGCUAGUAUUCAGGACUACUUUUAUUUACCCAAGACUUUUGCUUUUAGUAUUAAUUUCCAUUGACCUCAUAAGCACAGGUACUAUAGAAGCCCCUAGGAGUGAAAGAAAGUGGAGGGGGUUUAGAGGGUUUGAAAAGACUGACAAGGGA